AUGAAGCAGGAUCUCAUCAGAAAUUUCUACACCGCCGCAGCCUUCAACGAUGGUCGAUAUCUUCCUUCCGCCCUUCUUUCAGCCGCCGACGAUGGAUCCGCACGGAUAUACACCAUCUUCGGUGGUCAAGGAAAUACUGAGACGUUCUUCGAGGACAUUCGCGACCUCUAUCGCACCUACGAGCCACUGCUCAAAACAUUUGUGAGGCAGUCUGCCAGCUUGCUGCUUGCAUUGUCUCGUGAUCCCAGAUGUCAGGAUACUUUCUACGAAAAGAAUCUCGACGUCGAGGCCUGGCUGCAGUCACCCUCAUCUACCCCAGAUGUCUCCUUUUUGAUCAGCGCACCUGUCAGCUUCCCAUUAAUUGGUCUGUUCCAGCUGAUGAAUUACAUGGUUACCUGUACGGUGCUUGGUCUUUCGCCAGGAGAGUUCGGAAACUCCAUCAGCGGCACGACAGGCCACUCUCAAGGCAUCGUUGUUGCCGCUGUCGCUGCAGCUGCCGACUCUUGGGAUUCAUUCUAUCGUCUUUCCAUCUCGGCUCUUUCCAUACUCUUCUGGAUUGGUGUUCGAUCUCAGGAGGCCUUUCCACAGACCAGCAUUUCACCCGAAGUUGUUGCGGAUGCGCUCGCAAACAAUGAGGGAACACCAACGCCUAUGCUGAGUAUCAGAGACUUGCCGCAACGACUGGUAGAAAUGGAGAUUGUAGCGACAAACAAAUACCUCUCUCCGCACAGCCAUGUUUCGAUAUCCCUCAUCAACGACUCCCGGAACAACAUCGUAGUUGCCGGUCCUCCAACAUCGCUGGCUGCCCUGAAUGUUCGCCUGCGUCGAAUGCGGGCGCCUUCGCAGCUCGACCAGACAAGAGUUCCAUUCUCGAAGCGGAAGCCAGCAUUCAGCACCUCAUUCCUUCCCAUAUCAUCACCUUUCCACGUCUCGUCCCUCUCACGGGUGACCAGAGCCGUCAUGGAAGACCUCCGGGAAGUGAAGAUCAACAGCAGCUGUCUCCGAAUUCCCGUGUAUCAUACAUCCACUGGUGAGGACAUCAGCACGGUGGGAAACUUCGACCUUGUUCCUGUCCUUGUACGUAUGGUCACCGAGGAGACUGUGCGCUGGGAGUCAGCCACUCUCUUCGAAGGUGCAACGCACAUCAUUGAAUUCGGCCCCGGAGGACCUUCGGGGAUUGGUGCUUUGACAGCACGCAUGAAGGAUGGUGCAGGCGUGCGUGUUAUACUUGCGGACCGCAUGGAAGCGGCUGGCGACCUCGGUUGCAAGGUCGAGCUGUUCAGUCCCCGGGAAAGUGAUAUCCGAUACGGCACGAAUUGGGCUGAAGAGUAUCAACCUCACCUUGUCUGUGCAGCCGGCCGUACCAUGGUGGAAACGAGGCUGAGCCGACAACUGGGUGUGCCACCAAUCAUUGUCGGUGGAAUGACUCCGACCACUGUGCACCCAGACUUUGUGGCGGCGACAAUGCAGGCGGGGUUCCACAUUGAGCUUGCUGGAGGCGGCUAUCACAGCCCGGAGACAAUGGAGACAGCACUUCUUGAUCUGGCCGAGAAGAUUCCUGCAGGACGCGGUAUCACCGUCAAUCUCAUCUACGCAAACCCUCGCGCGAUGAAUUGGCAGGUUUCUCUCAUCAAAAAGCUUCGCGCUGAAGGCGUCCCGAUCGAUGGCCUCACAAUUGGUGCUGGUGUCCCGUCUCCCGAAAUUGCCGAUCAGUACUUCCAUAUGGGUCUAGGCCACGUGUCGUUCAAGCCCGGCUCUGCAUCUGCAAUCGAUGCUGUGCUAGACAUUGCACGAUCGAAUCCAACGUCCCCCAUCAUCCUUCAGUGGACUGGUGGGCGCGGCGGAGGCCAUCACUCAUGCGAAGAUUUUCACCAGCCCAUCCUCCAGAAGUACUCCAAGAUUCGCCGCUGCGAAAACAUCAUCCUAGUCGCAGGAAGUGGGUUCGGCAGUGCUGCAGACACCUACCCGUAUCUCACAGGGAAUUGGUCUCUCGAGUAUGGGUACCCACGAAUGCCAUUUGACGGAUGCCUCUUCGGGAGUCGGAUGAUGGUGGCCAAGGAAGCCCAUACAAGCCAGGGUACCAAACAGGCCAUCAUUGCAGCAAGAGGCCUCCCCAAUGAGCAGUGGGAAAUGACGUACAAAGGCUCCGCCUGCGACAGCGACAUCAUCACCGUCAUCUCCGAGAUGGGCGAGCCGAUGCAUAUGAUUGCCACGAGAGCCGCCAGAUUCUGGGCAGAUAUGGACGAUCGUGUUUUCAGCAAGCCUCCAGCACAACAGCUUCGAUUUCUACAGGAGAACCGGGAGCACAUCAUCCAAAGACUGAACAAUGAUUUUCAGAAAGUCUGGUUUGGCCUUGAUGAUGCGGGAAUUCCAGUGGAUCUCCAGCGAAUGACGUAUAGCCAGGUUGUUUCUCGCCUACUCGAGCUUCUUUGCUACGAGGAAUGCGGUACUGUUCACUGGAUUGAUGCUUCGUACCAGCGUUUCGUGGUCGACUUCCUCCGUCGGGUUGAACAGCGGUUCUCCGCCGCCGGGAAGUAUUCCAUCACCAGCAAAUGUACGAACCCCGCUGAAGUGAGAGACGUUUCACGGAUAGUUUUUGCUGCAUACAAUUCCGCACAAGAACAGUUCCUGCACCCUCAGGACGUCGCUUUCUUCUUGCACUUGUGCCAGCGGAGAAGCCAGAAGCCAGUUCCUUUCAUACCGGUCUUGGACGAGAACUUUCAGACGUACUUCAAGAAGGACUCACUCUGGCAAUCGGAGAAUCUCGACAAGGUCGUUGGGAAAGAUGCAGGACGGGUCUGCAUUCUACACGGCCCUGUGGCUGCCUCGUUCUCGGACAAGGAAGAGCCUGUGAAAGAUAUUCUGGACGGAAUUCACAACGGCCACAUUGAAGCCCUGAAGGCUGAUUUCUACGCGAGCAACCUAACCAUCCCGUCCGUUGAAUACAUGGGCGCCCAAGAAUUCACUGGAUGUUACCCCGAGAACACCAGCAUCAUUGAGACUGAAUCCGACAUCAUCCUCCGGUUACCACGUUCAUCCGACAAUCUGCCUUCGGCUGAGUCCCUCAGAGCUUUCCUCGCUGGUCAUUUCCCUUCGUGGCGGUCUGCACUUUUUUCCUCCAAGAUUAUCCAAGAGGGCAGUCGUUGGCGAGAGAAUCCUUUGAGAGCCAUAAUCCUUCCAGCGGCUGGACAGUGUGUGGAAAUCAAGAAUCACAAUGACAUUCUCAACACUCGAGUCGUCAUUUUAGAGCCACUGGCAACGUCCAAAGACCAGGCAAAGACGGUGGAGAUAUCCUUCAGCUCUGGCACCAAGGAGAUCUCAGUUUCCCUGACGCAUCAUCAAACAGCGGCGACUCAGCCGGCGGAGCUCUUGCUUCGGUUUCGUUACCAACCCGAGGUUGCUGGUGCACCGAUAGCGGAAAUUAUGCACGACCGUCUGGAACGCGUCAAGUCUUUCUACUGGCAAGCCUGGUUUGCAGACGAGCCGCGCUGUCCAGAUGCCACUGUCGAAGAUGUUUUCCGCAGUGGAUAUGUCAUUAUCGAUGCUGGUAUGAUCCGCAGCUUCGCAGCUGCUGUGGGAAAUCGCGGUGAAGCCUUUACUGGGACAAUCGGUGGUCCAAUGGAAGCGCCUCUCGACUUUGGCAUCGUCGCCGCCUGGAAGGCCAUCAUGAAGCCGUUGUUUGCCAUCAAUGCAGAUCUCCUGACGUUGGUACAUCUCUCGAACCAGUUCAGGAUGGUAGCUGGUGAACAGCCCCUUCGUGAAGGUGACGUGGUUACAACAACAGCUUCCGUUACUGCCGUCGUCAACCAGGAGUCUGGGAAAAUGGUUGAAGUUAGCGCCGUCAUCAACCGGAGUGGUUCCGCCGUCAUGGAAAUUACUUCUCAAUUCCUAUUCCGAGGAGCUUAUAACGACUCUGAAAACACUUUCAGGAAAUCAGUUGUUGACGAUGUCCACGUGCAGAUGAGAAACGCCAAAGACGUUGCAAUCCUCAAUGCAAAGCCUUGGUUGAAGCUUGUAGAUCCGCAAGCAGAUCUCUCAAACAGAACUUUGAGCUUCCAGCUCCAGCACUGCACUCGGAACUCUUCCGUCAGCGUCACCGGAAACGUAUCUUGCGGAGGGCGAAUCAUCGGCUCCGUCGAGUAUCACUCUGCGACCAGCAGUGCCAAUCCUGUCUCUGGUUAUCUACAGCGCCAUGGUGAGCCUAGGCAGAAAAUUGUCCCACUAGACAAUCCAGUUCCUAUUGAGGGAUCCGAGAAUCUGUUCUGCGUCCAGAUUCCGGAGUCGAAUGCCCGGUAUGCGCGAGUAUCAGGAGACUUCAAUCCGAUUCACACGUCACGUACUUUUGCAUCGUACCUUGGGCUCCCAGGAACCAUCACGCACGGUAUGCACACCAGCGCAGCAGUCAGGAGCCUCUUGGAUGUCACUGUUGCCAAAGGCUGCCCGUCCAGAGUUCGAAAGUACAGGGCAUCCUUCCAAGCCAUGGUGCUCCCUGGAGACCAGCUCACAGUGUCAAUUCAUCACACGGCCAUGCUCCAGGGCCGCAAGAUUAUCAAGUUGGAGGCACGCAACAGCAAGCACGAAGUGGUGAUGUCUGCCGACGCUGAAGUCGAUCAACCAAGCACCGCGUACAUCUUCACCGGCCAAGGCUCGCAGCGCAAGGGAAUGGGCAUGGAGCUUCGGGAGAAGAGCGCAGCCGCUGCAUCUGUAUGGACGAGGGCAGACGAGUACUUUCAGGAAAACUACGGAUUCCGUAUAACCACCAUCGUCCAGGACGACCCGCAGGAACUCACCAUCCACUUCGGCGGGCCCAAGGGUCGCCGCAUCCGCGCCAACUACCUCUCGAUCCUCGACGACGCCGCUUCGAGCCCGCACCGCGGCGCCUUCGUCCGAGCCAGCGAGAUGUACCGAGCGCUGCACGCCAAGCAGCGCUGCACGUCCUACACGUUCCGCUCGCACCUCGGCCUGCUCUCGGCCACGCAGUUCACACAGCCAGCCCUCACGCUCAUGGAGGUGGCGCGGUUCGCGGACCUGCGCGCGCGCGGGCUGGUCGCCGAGGGUGAGGGCGAGCUGUCGUUCGCGGGCCACUCGCUGGGCGAGUACGGCGCGCUGGCGGCGCUGGGCGGCAGUGGCUCGUUCAUGCGCGUCGAGAGCCUGGCGGCCAUCACGUUCGUGCGCGGGCUGACGAUGCAGAUGGCCGUGACGCGCAGCGCGAGCGGGCGGUCCGCGUACUCGAUGUGCGCCGUCAACCCGUCCAAGGUGUGCGCGCGGCGGUCGUUCGGCGAGCGCGGCCUGGCCGACGUCGUGGCCGCCAUCGUGGAUGCGAGUGGGCCUGAUGACGACGACGACGACGCCGCCGGCUGGCUGCUCGAGAUCGUCAACUACAACAUUAGGGACCUGCAGUACAUCUGCGCGGGCGACGUGCGCGCGCUGGCCUGCCUGACCGAGGUGCUCAACCGCUUCGUGCGCGACGACCGGGAGGAGGCGCGCCCCUGGCUGGAUCGGGAGCGCCUGAUGUGCGUGGUGCGGCAGUGCGUGGAACGGGUGCGGGCGAUGCCGCAGCCGGUGGACUACGAGCGCGGGCCGGCGACGGUGCCGUUGAAGCAGAUCGACGUGCCGUUUCACUCGAGCUUCUUGGCUGGCGGCGUCGACUCGUAUCGCCGGUUCCUGCAGAAGCACAUCAAGCGUGCCGACAUCGCGCCCGAGAGGUUGGUGGGCAGGUGGAUUCCGAAUGUUACUGGAGUGCCGUUUGGCGUGUCCCGCGCUCAUUUUGAGGAGAUGCAUCGGGUGACAAACUCGCCACGGCUUCGAGACAUUCUCGAAAAUUGGAACAAGGCUUAG